UCGGUGGGUGUUGAGAGAAAAUAGGGGUGUAAAUAGGAACACCCCUCGACCUUGCAUCAAAGAGAAGAUACCCAGGAAAACACACUGCAAUCUCGACCUCGAAACUCUGCUACAACAAAUUCGCACCGCUCUGAUCAUCGGCUUCAUCGCAUGGCAAACAAGCACACCAUUAUCCUGAUGCAAACUUCUCAAAGCAGAGCAACCAGAACUUUUAUGGAUUAUGAUUCAAUAAGCCAGGCAAUGGAUGGUAUUUGUGGACUUUAUGAAAGGAAACUUAAGGAGCUAAAUCCAGCCAUCAGAAACAUUACUUAUGAUAUUGCAGAUCUCUACAAUUUCAUUGAUGGCCUUGCUGACAUGAGUGCACUAGUUUAUGACCACUCGAUUCAGGCUUACCUACCAUGUGACCGUCAGUGGAUUAAGCAGAGGACAUUUCAACACCUCAAGAAAUUGGCGCAUUGAUAUGCUAGUCCCCUGUUCUCCGACUGUUUCUCAGAGAAUCUUUAGAUGGGUUUUUUUUUUAUUUGGAAAGAAAAUGGUAUGAAGUGCAGAGUACAUGGCAUCACUCUGCUCUCUAGGUUCUAUAUUGAAAGUGUGUAGUAGUUGCCUCCCUAUGCAUAUAUAAUGUAACGGUGGCAUUCCACUUAGUUCUAGGUGGUGGAAGUCAUCUAUGGUUGCUGAAUCAGUGUGUCUUGUAGUUUUGCACUUUGUCUGGAAUCUGAAUGUUGGUGUUUUGCUUUUAUGAAACAUAAUUGCUGGGUUAUUUUUUGAAGAAGGCUUUUGCCAUCCAACUAAUCUUUUCGUGGCUGA